AUAUGUGUGAGCCCACACCAGAAUAGAUAUUACAUAAUUAAUCGCUGGAAGAAUGAUGUUCGACGGACAUCCAGAACAAGCAUACCAGAAAGAUCAUUUAAAAAAUAAAAUGUUGUCAACAAGAUUAAAUUCGUUUUUAUAUCUAGCACUCUUGCAGAUAUGUUCGUGCUUCGCUACGGAAAGCCCGAUUUGUGGCACACGAACUGGACUUUCUAUUAACAGUAGGAGCAUUGGCGGAUCGGUGGCAAAGAUUGGAGAGUUUCCGUGGCAAGUUGGGAUUUAUUAUCAGGGGAGACAAAUAUGCGGUGGAAGUAUCAUUGAUGAAAAUUGGGUAUUAAGUGCGGCACAUUGUUAUGACAGAAAUAAUAUGAAAAUUGACGGUCUUCACGUGAAAGUUGGUGAUUUGGACAAGCUAAAAAACGAGAAAGGAGAAAAGAUAUUUGGAGUGAAACAGCUCCUGUUGCAUGAAAAAUAUGACUCGACAACUUUCAACAAUGAUAUCAUGUUGAUAGAACUCAAAGGAUUUGUGACAUAUUCUAGUGUCGUUCGUCCAAUUUGUCUUCCUAGCCAGUCAGAUAAAGUUGUAUCUGGUGAAAGAUGUUUUAUUUCCGGAUGGGGAAAAUCUGCAGAAAAUACUUAUCCGUCAAGGCUACAAAAGGCCGAAGUCGAACUUUACUCAAAUAGUGAAUGUAGUUCAAUUUAUGACGAACUUUUUUCCGAGAAUAUGAUAUGUGCUGGCAGGAAAUCAAGCAUGGUAGACUCGUGUCAGGGAGACAGCGGCGGACCUCUAGCAUGUGAAAGGGAUAGCACCGACCAAUUCGUAUUACGGGGUAUUGUUUCAUGGGGCAAGGAUUGCGCUGACAUCAGAUAUCCUGGAGUUUACACUGAUGUUUCUAAAUUCACGAACUGGAUAAGUAGCAAAAUUGAUUCUGGAAUAAAGGAGAGAAGUGCAAAUCUUGCAUCAUUCACAAUCUCAGGUGAUCCAUGCGUCGGAGGGAGCGAAAUUUUAGGAAGUUAUGGAAAUUUUUCUAGUCCUGUUGGCGAAUACGAAAAAUAUCCACUAACAGUUGAUUGCAACUGGAUUAUUAAGGCUUCUAAUAACGAAAACUCAAGAAUUAAGCUUAGUUUCACCAAAUUUCUGGUGGAAGCACAAAGUCGUUGUCUCUACGAUUACGUCGAAAUCUACUCUGGUGAAGUUACCAACUUUGUGUCAGCAAAUCAAAACGAUUUUCUUGGGAAAUACUGUGGAAACCAUAUACCCAAUGAUAUUUUGAGUGAAGGGUCCAUAAUGACUGUUCAUUUUUAUUCUGAUUAUUAUCAAGCUGAGCAUGGAUUUAAUGCCAUAUUCAUGGAAGUCAGUGUAAAUGAUUAUAGCCAAUCCGGUUGCGGAGGAAUUAAAGAACUGAAUCAGGAUGGUGGAAGAUUUACAUCCAUAAAUUAUCCGAGUUAUUACAAUUUGAAUAGUAAAUGUGAAUGGGUGAUAAUCGCACCACUCGGGAAAUUUAUAGUUUUAGAGUUUUUUACAUUUGAUCUUUAUGAAUCAGAUGCAAUCGGCUGCACAGACAAGGUGUCUAUUCACGAUGGAAACUCGACUUCUGGAGAUAUUCUUGAUGGAUUCUGCUCACAACAAGGUUUCUUUACGUUUACCCAUUCAAGAGAUAAUACUAUGACAGUUGUAUUUGAGAGUGGUAAUAAUGGACAAUCGGUUGGAUUUGAUGCAUUGUAUCAGUUCUAUACGAAACAAGAAAGUACUGUUGAAGAAGCAGACUACUCAACAGUGUGCGGUAUUACAAGUGUUCCAAUCAAAAGUGAUGCUCCGCAAUCUCGUAUUUACGGAGGGCAAGACGUAACGCCAGGAUCAUGGCCUUGGCAGGUGUCUCUUCGAGCAUGCAAAUCCUGCAGUCAUAUAUGCGGUGGUGCGAUCAUAAGCGACAUGUGGGCUAUAACAGCGACACAUUGCCUCUUAUCUUCUCCAGCGUAUGUUGUUAUUGGCGAUUUUAGUCAUCUUUCAGCGGAAUAUUGGGAAGCUACUGUCAAGAUAGCUAAUGUUAUUCCCUUCCCUGACUUUGGCAAAGACAUCGCACACAACCACGAUCUGACUUUGAUAAAAUUUGAAGAAGCAGUAACGUUUAAUCAAUGGGUUCGACCAAUCUGCCUUCCUCCGUCAGAUCUGUCUUUCUUAUCUGAACCAGACAGCGCAGAAUGUUAUAUUACAGGAUGGGGAGAGACUGAAAACGAAUUAUAUUCAGAUGACUUGAAUGAAGCGAAAGUACCGCUGCUUAACGAGAGCAUGUGUUAUUACUAUUACACCACUCAUGCAGUAAAUGAUAACAUGUUCUGUGCUGGCGAGGGAGAUUCCGAUGCAUGUCAAGGUGACUCUGGCGGACCAAUGGUAUGUCGCACAUCUGUUGGGGGAGCAUGGGUUUUAUAUGGAAUCAUUUCAUUUGGAUGGGGCUGCGGAAACAGUAAAUAUCCAGGAGUUUAUACCAAGGUUUCUAAUUACUUGGAAUGGAUUCUAGAGAAUACAAACCUGACCGCAGGACCGAAUAUAAUAUGGGAAGAGACUGAAGAAAAUGUAUCACAACCUAACCAAACGUUUACAGCUACGAGAGAGUUUUCAUUGGGAGAAUCUGGAUGCGGUGGAUAUUCGAUUCUAACUGAUCAAGAAGGAUAUUUCAAUACAAGUCUCAUUUUUGAUAAAAACUAUAUUGGGAAACUAAAUUGUCAUUGGACAAUACAUCUUCCUCCAACUGAAAGUGAAAAAGUGGUGCAUUUGGAAAUCGAAUUUGGGUUGGUUAACAGCGAGUUUGUAUCUCCAAAUCGUACAAAAUGCAGAUAUGAGAAACUGUUUAUACGAUAUCUCGGUAAACGUGGUAGAUAUGGACCUUACUGCAGUUGCCCAGGAACUGGAAAUAUGACUUUUGUUGCCAAAUCCGACAUUAAAAUUCGUUAUAGAGCUAAUACAAAUCGACCGAUUAAAGGGUUCACGGCAAAAUAUGUCAUAAAGGACGCAGAAGAGAAUUCAAGCUGUGCAGGACUCACUUAUGUUAUGCCUCGUUCAACGAUAAAAUCACCGGAUUACCCUGAAAAAUAUUCCAACAGUAUGAAUUGCAAAUGGCUUGUACAAUCAACAACAUCGAAAAAAUUUUUGAAGUUGAAAUUCAAAAAACUGAAGAUUGAAGGAAGCACCGGUUGUGCUUUUGAUAAUCUCAAAAUCACCGAACUAGUCAAUGGAGAGAAUUACACUCAUCCACCGAUGUGUGGGACCAAGACACCCCAAGCUAUCAUUGGCUAUACAGCAAUGCUUAUUGAAUUUGUAUCCGAUGACUCAGUAAAUGGGAGAGGUUUUGCAAUAGAUGUAUCAGAAGUUCGAUCCAUGCCUAAGCAACAUUCUGGAUGUGGUGGGCGCAUGUAUUUAACAGGAGAUCGCGGCAAAUUUCAAUCAAUGAAUUAUCCAAGGAAGUAUAGUAAAAAUGCAGACUGUACUUGGGUUAUCAUCGUGGAAACCGGUUACAGGGUUUCUGUGACGUUUACAAAUUUUGAUGUUGAAUACACACCUUCAUGUAAAUUUGACUAUGUUGCAAUUUAUAAUGAUAAGCUCCCAGUGGAAGAGCAGUUAGUAACAAAGAUCUGUGGUCACAAAGGAAAGAAGAAAAGAGUGUCGACCGAUAUCUUUACGUACACUAGUAGGGACAAUAUCAUGACAGUUCAAUUCAUAAGUGAUGUUGGCAAAAACAAAAAAGGAUUCACCGCUGAAUACUCUACAGCUCUACCAGCAAUGUCGAAAAGUUCCAGUAAUAUUGUUCAAAAUAAAAAGAUGAAAUAUUUUGAAAGGGAAAAACCGGGGGUAAAAAGUUGCAGAGAUGUAAUUUUUACAGAGAAUGAAAAUGUUAUUGUCUACGAUGGAACGUUAAUGAAGAAUCGUUUAAAUUCAGGAAUUAUUUGCUACUACAGAGUACUUGUUGAUAAAGAUAGGUUCGUUAAAGUAUGGCUCACAGAAAAUUCAUUUAUUAAUUUGGAUGAGGAGGAUUGUCUGUUGAUAUACGAAGGAAUUGACACAGCUGAUGCUUUACAAGACAAAUCGGAACCGUCAGUCACCAUUUGUGGAAGCGCCAAUCAGACUCAAAUUUUUUCCGAGUUUAUUGUGUUCAAUACAAGUGAAAUAUCUGUGGUGCUCAUCAGUGAUAAGAAACGACUAUUGUCCACAAGCAUAUUUAAGCUGUUCUACACUGCAAUCCGGGGAAAACCAUGUGGACUAGAACUAUCUUCAAGUUGGCCGUGGAUUAUUUCUCUACAAAGUUUGAAAGGAUUUCAUUUCUGUAGUGGAAUACUGAUCUCCGAUCUAUGGAUUUUAACAGCAGCGUCGUGUAACUUUCUCGUAGGGAGAGAUUACGUUUUGAUUUCUGGCGAAACGAGAAGAAAUGUUGAAAUCGUCAUCAAGCAUAAAGAUUACAAUCGUGAUUAUGGAUUUCCGGCCCGAGACAUUGCACUGUUGAAGUUAUCAUACUCGACAACAACAGAGCCGUGCUGUUUGCCGGAUUUCACUAAUACGGGAAUAGAAGAAAUUCAGAGAGAAAAUUGUCUUCUUUUGGGCUGGAAUUUCAAAGAUAUCGUCAGAGGCAAAGUCAAUAGAGAGACAAUUCAAAAUAUAACGGUGGACUUGAUUCCACAUAAAAAGUGCAAAAAGUCCUGGUACGGAAGAAUAAUGCCAGACAUGGAGUGUGGCGUGAUUAGAUCACGGAGUAGUUGCCAAAGUGAUGUUGGAGGUCCUCUCAUCUGCCAGAGCGAAAGUGCACAGCAGCAAUGGAAAAUUGUAGGCCUCUCAAGUUGGGGUCCGAGAGUUUGUUUCAAAAAGAGCAGACAACAAUUGCCAAAUGUGUUUACCUGGGUCCCGAAGUCAUUGGAUUGGAUUAAAAAUACAAUCGAGAUGAAAGAAGUGUGAAUUAAUAGUUUCACUCAAAGUGCCAUUAUUUUCUUCAAUUGUGUCAUUUUGUCCUUCAGCUGCUUUCCACAAUAAAUGAAGACUGUGGUCUGUAGUUUA